CGGCGAUUGCGGAGUUUAAUCCUCUAACACCGCACUAGCUUGUUGGGGAGGAGUUAACGGCCCCCAUGCAUGUGCGGCUGCUGCGGCGGAGAAGGGCGGAUUUAACAGCUUCAUAGAACAACAACACACGAGGCUGCAUCUGAGGUGCAUAAAUAGCUGAGCACCUUCUGACCCAGAGAGGAAGCGCCAGACAAAUACCACUUCCUCACGACCUGAAACGCUAUCACAAUAGCAGUGUUUGAUUAAUCCUCAACAAUCAACCAACCUACAACAAUGCCCAAGUACGCCAAUGAUCAGCCCGUCGGCUUCCAAAACACCAUCGAAAGAGUGGCCAUUGUCGGCGCCGGAGGCACCAUUGGCACACAUAUUGUCAGCGCCCUUCUAAAGGCAGGGAAACACACCGUCACGGCCCUCUCCCGCAAAGAUAGCAGUAACAAACUCCCCGAGGGCGUCCUCGUGGCCCCAGUCGACUACAACGACGAAGCCACCCUUGUCGCCGCGCUCCAGGGCCAACAAUUUCUGAUCAUAACCAUGGCGCCUACCGCGCCCCGCGACACCCACAGCAAGCUCGUUCAAGCGGCCGCCAAGGCCGGGAUCCCCUAUGUCAUGCCGAAUUGGUAUGGCGGCGAUAUCGACAACAUCAAACUCGGCGAAGACACGCUGCUUGGGCCCAUGGGCAGGGCUAACCGGGAGGAGAUCGAGCGGCUCGGCAUGCAGUGGAUCACGGUGUGCUGCGGGUUCUGGUACGACUACAGCCUGGCAGGCGGGGACUCGCGCUUCGGGUUCGAUUUGGUCAAGCGCUCCCUCACGCUCUAUGACGACGGCAAUAGCAAGAUCUCCACCUCGACGUUAGCGCAGGUUGGGCGCGCCGUGGCCAAGGUGUUGAGCCUCCCCGUGCUUCCUCAAGACGCGGACGAUACGAGCCUUACGCUGUCGACGUUCUUCAACCGGAGCGUAUACGUCAAGAGUUUCGUGGUCAGCCAGGCCGAUAUGCUUGCCAGCGUCAAGCGGGUCACUGGUACCACUGACGCGGACUGGACGAUUACCCGCCAGGAUACGAAGACGCGAUACGAGGAGGGCCUAGCGCAGGUGAAAAGUGGCAACAUGGCGGGUUUUAGCAAGUUGCUGUAUUCGAGGGUGUUUUAUCCGGAUGAGACCCGUGAUCUCUCGACCAAGGUGCAGAACGAGCUGCUGGAAUUGCCGGUUGAAAGUCUGGAUGAGGCUACCAAGGCUGGAAUCGAGCUGGACAAGGAGCUGCAGCUGAGGACGGAGCGUAUGGCGGCUUAGAGAACUGCAUAUCGUGUACGGAGUUUGAA